GGUUCCGUUUUAUCUUUUAGUGCGUAUAGUUGACUUCCGGCUUCAGAUGCCGGCUGAUUUGCCUAUGACUUUGUAACUAACGUAUUUGGUGAAGUUCAAAGUCCAACACAUCUUUAUUAUCGUUCUUAUACAGAACCGGGGAGCUUUGAAAUAUUUCAAUUGGAGAAUCAUGUUCAGGACACAUGUGAAAACCUUGACAACCCAAUAUACACGUCUACAGAGAGUUGGACAGUUGGCAAAACAGACAUUGAAAAAUGGACCUCAGGCAGUCUACAGUACAAGUACUGGAUCAGAUUGGGAGUAUCUGCAAAGGAGUAUUGUUCCGACUGACCACUUCCAGGACAGUCUUCCACGAUUAGCUAUUCCCAUACUUAAGCAAACAUGUGAAAAUUAUCUCGAGUCCCAGCAAGUCAUUCUAUCGAAAGAAGAAUGGGAAACUACACAAUUUAAUACAAUUAGAUUCAUGGAAGAAGAUGGAAAAUAUUUACAUCAAGAGCUGAAGAAACUGGACAAAAACAACAAACACACCAGCUAUGUUUCCAAACCAUGGUUUGACAUGUACCUUAACUCGCGCCUACCUAUUGUAUUGAACUUCAAUCCGUUUGUGUCAUUCGUUGACGAUCCUCGACCUGAAUAUCGUACACAAUUGCUUAGAUCAACAAACAUGAUAGUGUCUUCCCUGCGGUUUCUAAAAUCUUUGAGGGACAACAUUUUGGAACCUGAUGUUUACCAUCUGAGACCUGAGAAAACAAAAAAUGAAAAAUUUAAUAAAUUUUGCAGAAAAGUACCGAAAAGAUUUGCCUGGCAUGGGGCAAUUUUACACAGCAGACAAAGUGCAUUCCCCUUGGACAUGAGUCAAUAUGAUCGACUUUUCAACUCCACACGAAUUCCCAAAGAAGGUAAAGAUGAGUUCCUAACGGAUCCAAAAGCCAGACACAUGCUGUUGAUGAGAAACGGUCAUUUUUAUGUGUUUGAUGUGCUGAACAGUGAAGGUCAUAUUGAGAGCCCAGACAAGAUCAUGGCGCACGUCCAGUAUAUUCUUCAAGAUAAUCAACCUCCACCUGAGUUUCCUCUUGGCUAUUUCACAGCAGAAAACCGUGACACAUGGGCAGCUUACAGGGACCAGCUACUAGCCAAUGGUAAUGGUCCGACACUGAACAAAAUUGACACUGCCUUGUUUGCCUUGUGUUUGGAUGACAAGAACUCUGACGAUCCCAACGAUAUCACAAGACAGUUCCUACACGGCGACGGCAUCAACAGGUGGUAUGACAAAAGCUUCAGUCUCAUCAUGACGCCGGACUCCAAGGCGUGUGUAAACUUUGAGCAUGCAUGGGGAGACGGUGUGGCUGUGCUGCGAUACUUUAACGAGGUGUUCAAAGAUUCCACUGAGAUGCCGUUCGUACAUCCCUCGACUACAAUCCCGAAAGCUAACUCUGAUAGAGCUGUUCAGAGACUAGAGUUUGAGCUGGACACAUCACUUAAAGAAGGUAUCCAGAGUGCCAAGGUCAAUUUUGAUAAUAUGACCGGAUCGCUUGACUUACACCACCUGGAAUAUGACACUUUCACCAAGGAUUUUGUCAAGUCGAAGAAGCUUAGCCCUGAUUCUAUCAUGCAGCUUGCCAUACAGAUGGCAUAUUACCGACAGUACAGGAAGUUUGUCGCCACAUACGAGUCCUGCAGUACAGCCGCCUACAAACAUGGUCGCACAGAGACACUGCGGUCCGCAACCAUGCAUACCAAGGAGGCUACAGAGAUGAUUGUGGAUCGAGGCAACAAAGAGAGCCCAGUGAACCUCUACAAAGCUAUGAUUCAGUGUUCACGGACACAUGGGGACCUCACAAAGAAGGCAGCCAUGGGACAGGGAUUCGAUCGUCAUCUGUUUGCACUACGAACACUGGCUGAAGCAGAAAAUUAUUUUCCCCAUAAGAUUUUUAAGGACCCUGCCUACACGAAUAUGAACCACAUCAUCCUGUCUACUUCUACCCUCAGUAGUCCAGCAGUGGUUAUCGGAGGAUUUGCCCCUGUCACUCCUGAUGGAUACGGAAUCGGUUAUUCCAUAGAGAGCAACAGAAUUGGCUUCAAUGUCACCAGCUACCCUCCGGCAACAAAUGUACGAGAAUUUAUUGACUGUCUUCGUGCAAGUCUGGACGACUUGUUUGAUAUCAUGAAUUAUAGUAGUCCAAGGAAUUCCUAAUCAACAUGACUUUAUUAAAGUAGGCCAUAUAGAUCUCCUCAAGCUCCUGUUGAAUAUUCAUGAAUGCAUGUGAACAUGGUUAUUUCCAUGGAUGUCCUGUUGAAUAUUCAUGACCAUGUGUGGAUAGAUGAUGAAAGUGAAUUAUAUUCUUUGAAUUCUUGUCAAAAUUUCAAUUUGAAUCAAUAUGUGUAUUUGUGUAUUUCCCAACAACUAUGGAGAAGAUUUUUUAAUGUAUGCUAUAAUUGGUGUUUAGAUACUUACUACAUGAAUUAUAUUACAUUGUAAUUUGAUUUUUUUUCGAUAGAAGAAAAUUAAACAGUCUACUCAGAAAGUGCUCUUGAUGAAAUAAAUUUGAUGGAAGAAACAAAAUAAGAGUUAUUAUUGGACAAGUUGUUUGGAUGGGAAAUGUAAGUCGUUUUGAAAGUGGAAUUGAAAUGACAUGUAACAAGCUGAACAAAAGGAGUUUCUGUGUUAAAUGUGUUGUUUUUACAUGUAUAAAUGACAUUUCACAAUUUUUUUUUUUAGAUUGAUAAUUUAGAUUUUUCCAGUUCUGUCAGACAGAUCAGAUCUACAGAUUUAUGUAUGGUAGAUUUUAAAUUUCAUAUAAGCAUUUCGCAGUGACAAUUUGUAUUUCAAUAUAACAGUAUAUGAUAUCAUAUAUGGUAUCUUUUUUUCAAAAUAAAUUUCUAUCAUAUCGAUACUGUACUUUUCCAGUAAAGGGAUGUCAUCUGUGAAAUCACAAUUUUGGUAAUUUAUUUUUAUCAGAUUUGAUUGUACUACCGGAAGAUAAUUUAAGAGAAAAAUAUAACCAGAUAUAAACUUCUACCUUUUUUUGAUGUGUGAAUGUGUUAACUUUGUUUAUAUGUUUCAUGAAAGUUUGCAUUGAAAUUCCAUCCUUCCAUGGCUAUAAUGCUUUAUUUAUUUUCUUUUUUGUCGAGCAUAAAAUGUUUAAUACAGUCGUUAAUGUAUUGUGAAGACAUAUGUCACUUGAACUUCAAUAUGAAUUGGGUCAAAGGCCAUGCCUGCACUCCCUACCACCCAAUACCAUUGUUUUAAAAGCUUCUGUUUUUCACAAAAUUUCACAGAAAUAAUUUGUUGUAACUUAAUUUUCUUUGCAAUGGAUGUUUAAAACGGACAAAAAAUAUAGGAUACUUGUCCAAACAUACCUGGUAUAUUCAUUCCAAGUUUAUUUUUCUAUCAUUUUCCAUGUACGAUAAUCUUUUGUGUCCAUGCCAGUUUUAUUUAUCAGGUUUUGUGUAUGUAAUGUGUAAAGUUUCUAACAAUUUCAGAAUGAGAAGCUGACUUUAAAAAAAAAAAAAAAACUAUUCAAAAGGAUAUAUAUAUCACUUAAGUUAUGGUGUAGCCUUAUAAAUAGAGAAAGCCUUUUCUUCUGUUUAUGUAUGAGGAUGAAGCAACUCAGUACUAGAAUAUAUUAUUGAAACUGUGAUAUGUCUUUAAUAUUUUUGCUUUUUAAGGGAAGAAUGUUUUGAAUAGUUUGUUGGGAAAAUAUUGUUUUUCUCUGAAUAAAACUUUAAUAGAAACAAAAUGGGUUUUCAAUAUGACUAUUUAUAUGUUUGAAAUAUACCUGUAAUGGGCAAAUUGUUAUACAGAUGAUUUUGUGCAAGGAAUAAAACACUCUUUAUUGGU